GGAUUUUCUUGACAGUCACACGUUUUCUGCCAUGUUCGACUUUUAUCCUGAAGUGUUCAAACCGGAAGUAAAGCUCGUGUCUUGACGGCUUCACGCAGGCCGUGUUUUCCUUAUUAUGAGCGUGGAUGGGAGUCGGAUAAUCGAUUCCCUUGUUUGCUUUAGCAUCACGAGAUGCCGUUACUGGAAACACUGAAGAAAAGCUCUACCUCGCGUUGACACCUGAGAUUUAAAACCGGAGAAAAAAAAAACGACCGUUAGAUUUCCACGAAGACAGAGAGACGAAGCCCCCUUUCCCUCCCACUCUGGAAGUUCUUUCUUUGUCUCCGGCGGUUUUUGUUUUUGUUUAUAUCGCGUCAGCAUGGAUAUGUACGGGUACAGUGGGGUCUUCUUGGCGAAACGGUUCCUGGACCACGCUGCCUUUGAGGUCAUUAACAUGUCUGACAUUAACAAAGCGAGCCCUCACGGCUGUGAUAACGGAGCUCUGACGGACAGGUUCGGGGUUCUGAUUCAGGGACUUCUGGCUAUCGUCGCCUUCAGCACGCUAAUGUUGAAGAGGUUCCGAGAGCCAAUAGGAAUCAGGCGACCGUGGAGGAUCUGGUUUUUUGACACGUCCAAACAGGCCAUUGGUGCUUUAUUCAUCCACUUCGCCAACGUCUUCCUAUCCACACUCACCAAGGAGGACCCAUGCUCUCUAUAUCUGAUGAAUUUCCUGUUGGAUGCCACUCUGGGGAUGCUUGUCAUCUGGCUUGCAGUGAUGUUGGUGUCCAAACUGGUGGAGUACAAGCAAUGGACUCUGCUCAUGUUUGGAGAAUACGGUGACCCACCCCAGGCAGCAGCGUGGCUGGGCCAGGGGGGCAUCUACCUGCUCAUCAUGGUGCUGGAAAAAGGAGUGGUCAGCCUGGUGCUGCUCAUUCCCGGAUGGUCCAAACUGCAGGAGGUGUUGCUCAGUUACAUCGCUAACCCUCAGCUGGAGCUGGCACUUGUCAUGCUCAUCGUGCCCUUCAUAGUGAAUUCCAUCAUGUUCUGGGUGGUGGACAGCCUGACGAUGAGGAAGUACAAGACGACGAAGAGCCUGGAGGACGGCGCGUUAGAGAAGGCCGAAUCUCUGCCGGGGGUGGACAGCGAGGAGUCACGGGUCCUGUUGGCGAAUGAGAUGGAUACGGAGGAGGCCUCAGAAGGGGAGGAGGAUCCAAACAUUGUUGGACCAGUCUAUGCGCAGUGUUCAGGCAGACCUCUGAGACCGAGUUGGGUGGUGGUAUAAACCCAGGGGACCUGACUUCCUAACGGUCCGUCUGCUAUACACACAUCUGAUAAAAGUCUGUCUUGCAUGUUCUUUUUCUGACACCUCACAGUCUUCUGUUAGAUGACUAUUACAAUACGAUGCACUCACUAUUUAUCCAGCUGCUUUUACAGUCAGUUUUGUUUUGUUUACAACAGGCUGCUAUUAAGGGUCUAGUGACACAAUAGUUGUUGUAAAGGGGAUGGAAAAAUAACUUAACUGGCCAUUAUUAAUUAUAUGUUUAAACUAUUACCUUCACAAGUGUUAAAUGAAAAGUAAUCCACAGCUCAAUGGAGCCUUUUGGGGUUAGAAAAGAACAUUACAUACACAGUGGGAGGAUGGGUGGUAAUGUUGUCAGAACAAGCAGAACAUUACCGAUUAAUGUCUGUCAUUUAUCUGAGUAAAAGUUUAAAAAAACCUCGAAACACUUUGGAAAAUCGCUUUACAUUUUAUUUUUACCACUAAUUCUGUUGGGAUUUGCUUUAUGCGUGACCCAGUAGGGCGGCGCCCUUACAUGAACUCGUUGGCGAAUAGUUAGCGUAAAAACAGAAAAGCGUUAACGUGAAAGCAGCUGGCAGACGAGGUCAGAUUUGUCCUCUGAUGUUUCUCAGGGAAAGCAUCCUCCAAGCCAGUGAAAGCGAUAACCUUAAAGUUUUGUUUGGACAUAAAAACAUGUGUUUGUCUUACACCAGUGAAAGGAUGCAGCUUAAUUUUAAAUGUUCAGCUUCUAACAUUAUUUGGCGUGGAAAGUAUUUUCUAACAGGGUCUAUGAACCAAUAUAUGAAUAUUUGGUUUUGUUUGCAUCUGAAAAAGCCAAAAUUCCAAAUCCUUACAAUAUCACACUGGGCUUUAAUUAUUUGGUGUAUUUUAUGUAAAAUUUAGCAGGCACAAUAAAUACAUGAAUCUAUGGGAUUAGUAAGCCAGUAGAACACUUUUUAUUUUUUGUAGUUUUCACUUUAUCACAUAUUUCUUACCGUCAUCUUCAGUUGUUUUUUUUUUUGGAAUGCACCACUCCCGCUUCCUUCUUAUAGCUGAUCUUCUGCAGUCUGCCCUUUCGUAGAAUACAAUUGAAUUUCCAGUAAAUUGUUAAAACUGAUUUAAGGGCUGUCAAAGGGCUGUGCAGGGAGUCAAGACUUCUAGCUGCACACAAUGCCAGUUGUAACCACACAAAUCUGCUUAUGAAAAAACAAAAACAAAGAAGAAGUGCUCUAUAGUUUGUGUUGUUAAAUGUUGUUUUCAUGUGAUGAAACACCAGUCAACGCCUGGCUAUGGAAUUAAAAAUAGAUCUGGUGCAUUGAUGGCCCUAAAUGUUGCACAUGUGAGCUUUAACACUUGAAGCGUGAAAUGGACUAAUAGAUGAUCAUUUUAUGCUGAAUGAGGGAGAUUUUCAAAUUUAUUUAAACAUUUUUUUUUUUUGUGGCCAACGAUUAUAUAGAAAUAUAAUGAAUUUUUGUAGAACUUGAGAAUAAAAAUAGUAAUGACAAAACAUAAAAGAACGAUUUAUAUGAAGAUUUAUUGUUUUUAAUUUUUUUUGUUAGUUAUUUUGUAUAGAUGACGUAUACGCUUACUUUUUUCUUUAUUUUUCCAUUUAUUGAAUUUGAUCAAUUUGGUCUUUGUUAUAACCUGUAACCUUUGCUUUUAGCCAAUAAGUUUUUAGCUUUAGUCAUCUGCCUUUUGACAUUUGAAAAUACUAUAAGAAAUAAAGAAAAUUCUAAAAUACAAAGUAAUGAGCAAUAUCUAAACACAUUGAGCUAUUGAUGAAAAUACAUCAAAUUCUUUUAUGUUUUGUCAUUUGUCUUUAAACCCCCCCAUUUACUAAUUUAUUGCUGCUCAAUUUUCCUGUUUAUUUCCUUCUUUUUUAGAGAUGUAUUGUUCUUUGUGGCACAUGUGACAUUCCAUAUAAGGCCUUGAUAAGUGUUUACUCUUUUUUCUUGAGGCACAUUUUUAUUUAUUGUUUAUAAUUUGUAUUUAUUUUUCCUUUAUAUAUUAUGGACUAAUUCUGUUGGAUUUAGAUAUUUAGUCAGUUAAGAGAAUAUGAAGAUUUUGAGACUUUUGAAUCACCAAUCUAUAGGAUACUAACUGGUUCUGAGGUUAUAGCAGGUGAUUGAUGCUGAAUGCAGAUUUUUUCCCUGUGUAAAUAUUCAUACCUGAUUUAAAACGGUCUGCCGAUAUCUUCAAAGUACUAUCCGUAUUUGAAUAUUGCCUGUGUAUUUUUGACAACAUGGAUGACACGGCACAUCCUAAGGUUACAUUGACGGGCCUUAAACUGCCACGGUGCUUCUUUCCGAAUGUAUAUCUUUACUUUAUACUUGAAUAAAGAUGAUUGACAUAUGA